UGCUAUGGAAUACUUUAGUGCUACACGAUAUCCUACAAUAGCAUUUAUCUGUUCUUUAAUGAAAGCAAUGAAAAGUCAUUAUGCAUUAAAUAUAGAUCUUGAUAAUGAUGAUUUAAUACUAAACAGUAACGUACCUAAUUAUGAUUCAGAAUCAGAAAAUUCUACUGAGUCAUCAGAUUUAUCAGAUAUAAAGAUACAGACUGAUAUCUAUAAUUCAUUAUUUGAGUAUUGGGAUAAUCCUUUAAAAAUUUGUCACCUUGCUACAUUACUAGAUCCAUGGUUGAAGAAAAUGACUUUUGCAAGUAAGGAAGUUUGUAAUGAUACUAUAAAUGAAUGUUGGCAUCAACUUCAAUUAAUAGAUAUACAAAUAGAUAAAGUAUAUGAAAUUCAAAUGAUGAAUUAG